AUGACUACUCUGGAACGUAGUUCGGAUCCCCAAACUCGGUCGCAGGGACUAGCGAGCCCUAAUAAAAGUAUAUCUGAGGCAUAUAGACCAACAGAUGCCUCGUUAACGAAGUCCGCAGCCCAGCAUCAAGAUAAACAAAAUAUGGUGAGCCAUGCACAUGAAGAAACCCCUGGAUCUGUGGGUAAUGUUGGUUCUUUUGCAGAUGUACCAGAGGAAAUAGAGUUUGAUUCGAUUAACGAAUCGCAUGGUGAAUCGAUGAAUUGUGACGCAGUAGCUGGAUCUACUUCUAAAUACUUCUCUGCCACAACAAAUAAUAAUGAAGAGAGCAUCAAAAGCUCAACGCCAGUCACAAAUGGAUUUCCCACGACAGGCAAUACAUCUAUUCAAACGUUCAAGACCACAGUCGAAAAAUUCAAGUCUACGCCCUCUACUUCGGCUCCUUUCGAAAUACUGAAACCAUCCAGUACAUUCUUAUCCACACCUAUACAGGAUGGAGCUAUAGCUCAAGUACCUGGAACCAUAUCACCAAAAAGACCAGUAUCUGGACAUAAAUUCUCGCAAACCCCAGCUGGGACUGCGUCGAAGAAACUGGCAUUUUUAACACCUGAUGUGGUUCAAGAAACACCUAAUUCAAGUCAAAGUCAAAGCAAUCGUCAGACUUCAUCUCAGAGCAAUACAAAAAGACCAGGGCCCUGGACAUUUAGUGGAAGUCAAACCGAUACUGUUCAGCUGGAAGCUAUUAUCGGAUACCAGUCUCAUAUAAUAAAAAACUUGACAAACCAACUCAAUUUAGCUAUGGCACAAGUGGAUCGAUUAUGCGACAAAGAUACGGACCUUCAUAAAUUCAACGAAGAAAUUCAUGAAUUGUCUAUGGAAUUGGAGGGAACACAAAGCAGGUUACUGAACAUUCAGGCUGAGCGCGACAGCCUGCUUCAAAUGGCAAACGAAUCAAUAUGUAUGUCACCGGAACGAGAUAGGAAGAAGCGACGAUUGGGCUCAGAAGAUGUCGAUAUGAAUGACCAGCAUGUGCUGAACAGUCAAUAUAAAGAGUUCAAUGAAGGAAACGACGAGAUAAUUAUGCUCAGCAGCGAUGACGAUAGUAAAAUGGAUAACAUGACUGAUGACCGCCGUGAUGAUAUUGAGACGAGUGAUAGUGAAUUCAUUCGAGACAUUGAUGCUAUUUCGAAAGAGAAACAAGUACAACAGAAUUCAGUGAUGGACUAUUUUGAUGCUGAUGAUGAUAGCGAUUUCGAUAUUAGUGAAAUUCAAAUCCCACCCUCGUCACCUGGUAAUAAGAUCAUGACAAAUCUUUCUCAAUAUCAAAACGACUAUGAUUCGGCAGAUGAUGUUGAAAUCUUAGAGUAUAAUCCUUAUGCCGUAGUCCAAGCCGAAGCAGAUGGCCCCGCAGACCCCUCUCAACCCGCUACUCAGGCAAACAAGAACUUGCCCAAAUACCCCUGGAGCAAUGAUGUGGUCAAUACGCUGAAAAGCACAUUUCGGUUAUCAGGAUUUCGUCAAAACCAACUUGAAGCUAUUAAUGCUACAUUGAAUGGCAGUGACGUACUGGUGUUGAUGCCAACAGGUGGUGGUAAAUCGCUGUGCUUCCAGCUGCCUGCACUGGUAAAAUCGGGCAAGACAACAGGAGUUUCGGUAGUUGUGUCUCCUUUACUGUCAUUGAUGCAGGAUCAAGUUGAACAAUUAAAAGAAAAGGGCGUCAAGGCAGAAAUGAUUAAUAGUCAACUGUCAGCAGAUGACAAGCGAUUGAACCGGAACUUGCUGUUCGGUAAUCAGCUUGACCUUGUAUACGUAUCACCAGAACUGAUUAGAUCAGAUGGCAUGUUGAAUGGGCUUAAAAGACUACACAGCAAGGGCCAGAUCGCUCGGAUAGUGAUUGAUGAAGCCCACUGUGUUAGUUCGUGGGGACACGACUUUCGACCCCAAUAUAAAGAGCUCGAGUUCAUGAAGGAAGAAUUUCCUGACGUACCAAUAAUUGCACUAACAGCCACAGCAACUUCGUUAGUAAAAGCGGAUAUUCGUAGAUGUUUGCGAAGCAACUGUCUUGAAUUCAAACAGACAUUCAAUCGGCCCAACUUAUCGUACCAGAUGUGGCGAGCCAAAGAAAAGAAUUCUGUUUAUAAUUCCAUGAAAGAUAUUAUGGAUAAAUACCGAGGUAAGACCGGUAUUAUCUACUGUCGAACACAGAGUCAGUGUGAGGACCUGGCGAAAAAAUUGAAGAAAGAUGGGUAUCGAGUGGAUUAUUAUCAUGGAGGGUUGGAUACUGAGUCGCGAAUAAGAGUCCAGCAGCAGUGGCAGUCGGGACGGAUUCAAGCGGUGUGUGCCACAGUUGCUUUUGGUAUGGGUAUUGACAAGCCAGAUGUGAGAUAUGUGAUCCAUGCGUCUAUGCCGAGAACAAUGGAGGGAUAUUACCAGGAAACUGGUCGUGCUGGACGAGAUGGUAACCCAUCGGAAUGCAUUAUGUUUUAUUCGUUCCAAGACUUUAUGGCAUUGAUGUGCGCAAUAGAUCGAGACAAAGACUUGACCUUUCAACGAAGAAACCAUCAAAAAGAGCUAGUAAGCAGUAUGAUGCAAUACUGUGAAAAUGAAAUUGACUGUAGAAGACUCAUGAUUCUCAGUUAUUUUAACGAAACAUUGCCCAAAGGCGAUAUUUGUAAGAAAACCUGUGACAAUUGUCGCGAUCGUGCUCUGAAGAAUAUCGUCACUAGUGAUAUAACUCCUAUUGCAAAGGAACUUGUUGCGUUAGUGUCUUAUGUACAGGGUGAUAAGGUAACUGCUGGCCAUAUCAUCUCGGUUUAUCGAGGAUCAAGGAUAGAAAAGAUUGUGAAACUAGGCCAUGAUCGAGCACCGGCCUUUGGAAAUGGAAAGCCGCUACAACAACAUGAUCUGGAACGCAUUAUCUCGCACCUUCUACGGAGAGGCAUCUUAAAAGACAUUCCUAAAGAGACAGCUAUGAGAAACGCUAUCGCCACUAUUCAUAAAGGACCGAAUGGAGAUGCAGUUCUGCGGGGUCAGAUCAAAGUUGAAAUGCAAUUUGUAACCACUUCUGGUCGCAGCGGCUCCACUGCCACCAAGACAAAGUCAAAGUCUACAGCAUCAGCUUCUAAAUCCAGACAAAGUCCUAAUUAUGAUACUCAGGACGAUGUGUAA